UGUCCCUCUUUUUAAAUAGCAUUCCUAGCGGUUGCGUAAAAGGGGCAACUUCAGUCUUGUAAGUAGGUCAGCAGCAUGAAACUUCUCAGUUACCGGGACUCCUAGCAAAGAUCCUGUCACUCCACGCCAUUUUCCUGUCACCGUUCCUCACGUGCAGCACCACCCCUCGAGGUUAUGACGUUCUUCCGCCGUGUUGUCAAGAAAAUAUACGAGGAUCCGGAUGUUCCAAAGGCUUUGUGCUCGAUCGGGCUCAGAGAUUGUUAGAUCAGUAACGCUACAUUACCGGCCAGAUCGCCGUUAAAAACCGUCUGAAAAGAUAGAUCAGACUCCUUCACAACAAGGAUAUCAUCUGGAGGUAUCUCGGUGCCAAGAAGAGGAACCAUGGAUGACGACGACGGCGAGAACGUCGUGGAUUUUUCUCGGUCCGACCUGGAACUAUUCCCCGAGCAACUGACAGAGACAGCCGGUGCCUUGGACUGUAAGACCCUCCUGCUAACGCACAACCGUAUAGCGAUCCUACCGCGGACCAUUUCUCAGUUCCAGCGUCUCGAAGCCCUCGAUUUUAGCUCGAACCACUUGAGUUACAUCUCCGAAGAGAUCAUACGGCUCCCCAGACUUCGUACUCUGAUCGUGAAAAACAAUCGGUUAGACGAGUCCGCCCUCCCCAAAGAUUUCGGACUUGCCCCGUCGCUGGAAGUACUGAACCUCAGCGGGAACCUUUUCACAGAUUUUCCCUUUCAACUCACGCAGAUGGACAAACUGAAAGCUCUGUACAUCGGAGGCAACAGAAUCAGGACUCUACCGCCGGAAAUAGAGAACAUGCAAGGCCUGGAACUCCUGUACCUGGGAGGUAACUACCUAACCAGUGUACCAGUAGAAGUGAGCACCCUGUCCAACCUGUCCUGUCUGGUUCUGUGUGAUAACAGACUACAACACCUGCCCAAGGAACUCACCAGGAUGAGGAGUCUACGUUCCCUCAGUCUACACAACAACAUGCUCACUACCUUACCCACAGAAAUGGUCAAACUCAGAAAUCUUCAAGAGCUGAGUUUGCGUGGGAACCCUCUGGUAGUCCGGUUUGUCCGAGACCUGACCUACGACCCUCCAUCCAUGUUGGAGCUGGCGGCGAGAGUGGUGAAGAACCAGGGCGUGGCAUACUCUCCUGACAACUUACCCUCCACUCUCGUACAGUACCUGGAUGGGGCAUGUAGAUGUGUCAACCCAAAGUGCAAAGGUGUGUACUUCGAGUCUCGUGUCAAAAACGUCAAGUUCGUGGACUUCUGUGGGAAGUACCGCCUCCCUCUACUGCAGUACCUCUGCUCGCCAAAAUGUAGCGUCACGGGCCACGAGCUCGCCCUCAGCGACUCGGAAUCCGAGGAGGAACCCAACGUGCCUGCCAACAAGAUGAAGAAGGUGCUUCUGGGAUAGCCCCCAGGUGCUUCUGGGAUAGCCCCGUCCCUGGUUUAAGUCUUGUGGAAAAUUCAGUGUUCUCAUUUCUGUAAAUCUACAUUCAAAAAUCAUUCAUAAUUCUUUUGGACAAGGAGGUUAUAUCUAUGGAGAUUUCUCGACUUAAAUCUCAUUGUUUUCAGCUUCUGAAAAAGUAGACAUUUUGCUGUUAAGCCUAGGGAAAAAAUUUUGUGUUUCCUGUUUCCCGACCAAGCCUAGAAAAACUGCCGACCCUAGAAAAACUGCCGACCAUAGACUUUUUUUG